AUGGCUUCCGCUACUACAACCAUAAUAAUCAAAUUAAAUGCCCCAACACACUUCCCAAUUAAACUCACAACCGUGAAUUUUCCGGUGUGGCGGCGUCAAAUUCAUGCCACACUUGUUGGGUUUAAUCUCUUUGGCUAUGUUGAUGGUACAACCAAGGAACCAGCCAAAUUCACUGAUCCUGCUCAAACUUCUAUCAACCCGGCUCAUUUAGCUUGGUAUCGUCAAGACCAAGUUAUUGUCAGUGCUCUACUUGGGAGCUGUACUGACACCAUACAGCCCCUUAUCUCCUCGGCUACGACAGCCCAUGAUGCGUGGCAACGUCUUGUUGCUAGUUACGCCAAUGCCUCACGAGGACGUAUCAUAUCCCUCAAGGCUAAACUCACGAGGAAUCCGCGAGGGUCUCGGUCCAUUACCACUUAUCUCAAUGACAUGCGAGCCAUAGCUGAUGAUUUAGCGUUGGCUCAGUGUCCCGUACCUGACGAAGAUCUAAUCGUCUACGUAUUGACUCAGCUAGGCGAGAAUUACAGUUCUAUCACAUCGGCCAUCCGCGUUCGUGAGAAGCCUCUUUCUUUUGGCGAGUUGGCAGAUGUGCUGACUGACCAUGAACGCCAAUUGACAAACGCAGAUGCUUUGCCCAAUUUAAUGACUAGGGCUUCUCCUCCCUGGAUGUUUGAUAGUGGGGCGUCGCACCAUGUGACACCAAGUCUCGCUCCUCUGCAGACUUUCGCCGAGUAUAGUGGAUCGGAUGAAAUGCGUCUGGGUGACGGUAAUUCCUUACAUAUAUCCCAUAUUGGCCAAUCUGUCAUUCCCGCUCCUUCUAAUGUUCUCACUCUAGAUAAUGUCUUGCGUGUCCCACAGUUACACACUAAUUUAGUUUCUAUUUCCCAAUUAUGCAAGACUAAUCGUGUGUCUGUUGAAUUCUUUGAUUCUCAUUUUCUGGUCAAGGAACUUCGAACGGGGAUUCCGCUGCUAUGGGGAGUGAACAUUAAUGAUGUCUAUUUUGGACCAGUUGCCUCUCACCCAACAGUUCAUGCUACGCAGUUGGCUUGUUUGUUUCAGUGGCACCAACAACUUGGCCACCCGUCGAAUAAGGUGUUGCAACGCUAUAAUGGGGGCGAGUUCAUGAGACUUAGGCCGUUUUUUAAUACUCACGGUAUCUCUCAUUUCACCACCCCGCCACACACUCCAGAGCACAAUGGUGUCGCAGAGCGACGACACAGGCAUGUCGUGGAAACUAGCAUGUCUCUUCUUCACUCCGCGUCUUUGCCAUCCUCAUACUGGACCUACGCCUUUCAGACAGCCAAGUCAUCUACCAGCUUACCUUCUGCUUCUAAUGCUUUAGACUCACGUCAUAUUUUGUGCAAAUCGUCUCCUUUGUCUACACAGGUACAACCCGUGGGUGUUCCAACACCAGUUCCAACACCCGUUCCAACACCAGUUCCAACUCCAGUUCAAAGUCCAGUUCCAACUCCAGUUCCAACUCCGAUUCCAAGUCUAGUUCCAACUCCGAUUCCAACUCCAGUUCCAACACCAUCGCCGUCGGCUGCGUCCAAUUCAUCGUCUCCCACUGUCUCAGAAUCGUCUCAACCAUUGAAUAAUGUUCGUCGUUCCACUCGGGAGCGUCGUCCUAAUCCUAGGUAUUCCGAUUAUGUCAUUAACCACACCACUUCCCAUCCAUUGCCUCCUGCUUUAGAACCUUCUACUGUCGCCCAGGCUCUUAAAGAUGCUCGGUGGAGGAAAGCAAUGGAUGAGGAGUUUGAAGCGCUGCAACGUAACAACACGUGGCAACUGGUUCCCCGCGGAGCGGCUGUUCCGAUUUGCUGCAAAUGGGUCUUCCGUGUUAAGCGCAAAUCGGAUGGGUCGGUUGAUCGUUUUAAAGCGCGGCUUGUCUCUAAGGAUUCUUGCAGACUGCUGGUCGAGAUUAUUUUGAGACAUAUAGCCCGAUUAUGA